AUGUACCAGCUGAACGCUGUGCCCGGGCGCACCUUCGCCGCACUGCGGCUUGACCGGCAGGAUGCUUCUGUGAAUGUGGACGGUGAUGGGUCGUGCUCAGAAGCAGCAACGGAUGUUUCUAUGGGGAGCCUGUGCAGCGCUGUGGAGGGCCUUUCUGAUUUUAUUGGGCGCUGCUUCUCGCGGUGUCCUGCGGCGGAGCGUGUGGAGUUGCUGAAGCCGCUUUGCCGGCGGUGGGGUGUGCGUUUGGUUGGGCGGCGCCGGGGUAUGUCGGAUGUGGAGUACGCCGCGACGCUGACGAGGUGCCUUGCCGCACGCAUGAACGCCGUACGUGACAGUGCAGCGGCGUCGCCACGCGGGCGCGGUUUUUCUCCUACGUUGGCUGGAUGCCCCCUGCCCAUUGCGUUACCAGAGGAUGGUUGUCUCUCUUCAGAGGCAUCGAGUGUGGCUGCUUUGAACUUUUUUCCCGUUAGCUCUACUGAUGAUUCGUGUUCAUCUGAGGAAUUAAUUGCUGAGUGA